GGCCGCUGCCUUCGCCGCCGCCGCCGCGCAUUGUGCAGCAGGCGGGCCCGCGCGGCAGGGCGCUGGACGAGUGCGGCUCCCGGGUAUGGUGAGCAAGACUCUGCUGCGCCUCGUGUCUGCCGUCAACCGCAGGAGGAUGAAGCUGCUGCUGGGCCUCGCCCUGCUCGCCUACGUCGCCUCUGUCUGGGGCAACUUCGUUAAUAUGAGCUUUCUACUCAACAGGUCUAUACAGGAAAAUGGCGAACUAAAAGUUGAAAGCAAGAUUGAAGAGAUUGUUGAGCCACUAAGAGAGAAAAUCAGAGAUUUGGAAAAAAGCUUCACCCAGAAAUACCCACCAGUAAAGUUCUUAUCAGAGAAGGAUCGCAAAAGAAUUUUGAUCACUGGAGGUGCAGGGUUCGUGGGCUCCCAUCUGACUGACAAGCUCAUGAUGGAUGGCCAUGAGGUGACUGUGGUGGACAACUUUUUCACAGGCAGGAAGAGAAAUGUGGAGCAUUGGAUUGGCCAUGAGAACUUUGAGCUGAUUAACCAUGAUGUGGUGGAGCCUCUCUACAUUGAAGUUGAUCAAAUAUACCAUCUGGCUUCUCCAGCCUCCCCUCCAAACUACAUGUACAAUCCCAUCAAGACCCUGAAAACCAAUACAAUUGGGACAUUAAAUAUGUUGGGGUUGGCAAAGCGUGUGGGUGCUCGUCUGCUCCUGGCUUCCACGUCAGAAGUUUAUGGAGAUCCUGAAGUCCACCCUCAGUCUGAGGAUUACUGGGGCCAUGUGAAUCCUAUAGGACCCCGGGCCUGCUAUGAUGAGGGCAAACGUGUUGCAGAGACCAUGUGCUAUGCCUACAUGAAGCAGGAAGGUGUGGAAGUACGAGUGGCAAGGAUCUUCAACACCUUUGGGCCACGAAUGCACAUGAAUGACGGGCGGGUGGUCAGCAACUUCAUCUUGCAGGCACUUCAGGGGGAACCCCUCACGGUAUAUGGAUCUGGAUCUCAGACGAGGGCUUUCCAGUAUGUCAGCGAUCUGGUGAAUGGCCUGGUGGCUCUCAUGAACAGUAAUGUCAGCAGCCCUGUCAAUCUGGGAAACCCUGAAGAACACACAAUCCUUGAAUUUGCCCAGUUAAUUAAAAACCUAGUUGGUAGCAGAAGUGAAAUUCAGUUUCUCUCUGAAGCCCAGGAUGACCCACAGAAAAGAAAACCAGACAUCAGGAAAGCAAAGCUGAUGCUGGGGUGGGAGCCUGUGGUCCCACUAGAGGAAGGACUGAACAAAGCAAUUCACUACUUUCGGAAAGAACUGGAGUACCAGGCAAACAAUCAAUACAUUCCCAAACCAAAGCCUGCCAGAAUAAAAAAAGGUCGGACGCGCCACAACUGAGGCCCCACUUGGGACACGAGACUCCGUUUUACACUUGAUGAGAUGUAUUUUUGUUUUGUUUGGGUUUUGUUUUUAUUUUGUUUUGUUUUUUAAAGAAAGACUUAAACAGGUGUCAUGAAGAACCAACUGGAAUUUCAUUCUGAACCUUGCUUUAAAGACGUGGAUGUGCCUAAAAUUUCCCUCAAAAAAAAACCUACAGCCUUUGCCUUGCACUUUUCAAAUCUGUCUUUUUAUGUAAAAUAGCCUAGAUGCAUCUCUGUGUAUUUUCCAGUUUUUUAUCUUGCUGUGAGAGCAUACGUUGUGACUGUCAUUGACAGUUUUAUUUACUGGUUUCUUUGCGAAGCUGAAAAGGAACGUUAAAUGGGACAAAAAAUAAUGCCGAUUUUAUUUAUAAAAGUGGGUACUUAUAAAUGAGAUGUUAUACUAUGCAUAAAGAAUAAAAAAGAAAAAAAAAACUAGCAGUAUUGUCAGGUGGAUGGGGCACCGGCAUUUAUUUUGGAACAGGUAAAAGAAUUCUGUUUGAGAGCUUUAUGUUUCUUUUUUAAAAUCAGAAUUUUUCCAAGGUCUAGUUUUUAGUUGCAAACUUGAAUUUGAAAUACUUGUGUUGAUUCUUAUGAUCCAAGGAUAUUGAAAUCACUACUGUAUUGUGCUGCAUUUUCAGGGGUGGGGAGACAAAAUUAACGUAUUCUUGGUUAACCGUGGUUAUAAAUAUGCUAUUUUAAUAAAAUAUUGAAACUCAA